GUCCAAGCCAUAGCGUCGCGGGGGUAAAUCGUCUCAUCAUUUACGAGCUAACCAGGGAUGAGGCGGGCAAUCUCCAUGUGCUAAGAAUUCACACCCUACUUCACACGCAUCGUGAGACGCCGCCUACCCAAAAUCGGCCUGGGAAACUCAUAGCAAGCUAAGAUGAGACGAGCUUAACAGGUACCCGGGUAACUGUCUAAAAGAGUGCUCUCCGUUGUGCCUGACGAUCUAAAACCCGAAGCCAUGGAUACAUCUUACUCCACUGUCAUGGCGAUCAUUUGUAUAAAUACUUCGUAUUAAUCUCUGCAACCCAGUGCUUCAUCCGUAUCAUUCAGUUCUUGACAGAAAUUCGUUUCGAUCUUCUCAUUAUUAUCUACUUCUUCUUGGCUGGGCCAUAUAAUUUUCUUUAAUAUCUCUAAUAACCUCUUGGCUACCAACUAGUUACAUCUAUCUGUUCACCAUGAAGUUCAUCAAUGUCCUUUUUCUCGCUGCUUCCGUGUCGGCUGUUGCUAUUGAUCGCAUAUACGUCGGUUCUGUGAGAUCGACCGACCUGGAAGAGGCAUCGUCCCUGCUGGCCAGGCACCAUGCGGGCCGGUCAAUAAACAACCAGGGUAACAGAAAUGGAAGUGGGAAAGCUAGCAAGGCGAAACAAGGAGGUAACUCUAACGCGGGCGCCGCCACUGGUAAUAUAAAUAACGGUGCGACUACCGGUGUCGCUGCCGGCAAUACCCUUGUCUUGAAAGAAGUCAACGGCGUACCGGGCAACGAAUGUCUCACUUUUCGCAAUAAUGGUGAGAUUGUCGAUGCCGCUUGUGUCAAUACCGCAGCCGACCGACAGAUCACACCGACGACGCUAAACGGCAACUCCGUCCUAAGCGUACAGCGUAGCUUCACCGCCGGGUUUCGCCCGGACCUUGUCGGCGUUAAUGCUUGCGUCGGUUUCAAUGGCACACACUUCCGAGCUGAGGACUGCGCCGCCUCCAACAUCGAGCUUGUGCAAUUUGACGGGACAGCACUACGGGCUCCUAGUGGCGCUUGUGCUCAGGGUCAUGACGGUGCUGCUCAGAUGGUUGUCGAUACCACAGGUGCUAGCUGCGCGACUUUCCAGAGCACGACUGUUACGCCCACACCUCCGUAAAGGGCGAAGAGGAAAUUUUGUUGGGUCAG